GAAAAUACUGUUCGAAAAUUGACAGCGGGAAAAUUGUCGGCAAUUUUGGUGCAUGGUGAGAGCAAUGUGCCAGGAUCGAUUUUUCGAAAGAAGUAUUGUUUGUGGGUUUUUAAUACAAAAUGGAUAAUAACGAUAUGAAUUUGCAUGAUAUCAAGGAUACUAUUGAACUUGAUAAAGACAAGAAAACAAAAGAAUCACUUAUAUUAUUGAAACAGAAAAUGUGCAAGACAAACCAUUUAAUUCAAGAAUACGUUAAAAAUGUAAAAGAAAUUAACCAUUUAAGAUCAGAUUUGGAAACUGCAAAGAAAGAGGCUAAACAUAUGAUAACCAAUUAUCAAUCCGCUAUGGAUAAGAUAAGAGAAUUAGAACUUAAAAUUGUAGAAGAUAAACAGAGAGAUAAAAAAUUAAAGGAUAAGAUAAAUGAAUAUGAGAUAAAUACAGCUGCAGAUAAACAAAAUAUAGAACAAUUAAAAUGUAAAAUAAAAGAUUUAGAAGAGCAACAAUCUAUUAAAGAUAUGGAAUAUAAUCUACAAAAGUCAUCUUUUGAAGAUCAAAUUAAAGAUUUGGAACAUGAACUAAAAAAGUCAAAAAUAAUACAAAAGAAAAAAUUCCACAAAAAAGUUCCUAUAGAUUUCGAUACUGCUAAAUCAAGUAUAGGUACAAAAUCAACUUCAGAUAUUGGUAUCAACGUAUCAUUCGAUGAUAAUAAACCAUUGAUAGAUACAAAAUCAACUUCAGAUAUUGGUAUCAAUGUAUCAUUCGAUGAUAAUAAACCAUUGAUAGAUACAAAAUCAACUUCAGAUAUUGGUAUCAACGUAUCAUUCGAUGAUAGUGAACCAUUGAUAGGUACAAAAUCAACUUCAGAUAUUGGUAUUAAUGUAUCAUUUGAUGAUAAUGAACCAAGCAUAAGAUGUGAGAUACAAGACAAAAAUAUCAUGACUGAGGAAUUUUAUAACAUAAAAGAUGAUCCGUAUCCAUUGUUUUGUGCAAAAUGUGAAACUCAUUUAUCUCCAGCUGUAGCUCUUGAAAAAAUAUGCAAAACCAUGAGCAUAUGUCCAGAAUUAAUUGAUAAUAAUUUAUUUCCUUUAUCAAAAAAGAAUGAUUCGUCGUGUUUAUUAUCUAGUAAGUAUCCAAUAAACAAUCAAUCCAGUAAUAUCAGUUUAACUCCAGCAUUUGCUGAAAAUAGAAAUAGUACAAAGCAAGAUUUCUGUUCUAACAAUAUAUUAACUGAACAUUCCUCGUCUAUUAAAAAAAUGGAAAGAAAACUACAGUCAUUAGAAAGUAAAAUAAAGAAGUUACGAAAAUUAAAGGAAAAGAGAAGUAAAAAAAGAAAUUCUUGUUGUCAUUGUAUUGGAAAUUAUAAUAAUACCUCGAUAAAUUCAAAUUUGAUUUCUAUAAUCUGCAAAGGCAUCGCAGAAUAUUAUGAUAAUAAAGAAAAAACAUGUUCUAAAAAUCAAAAUGUUGAUUUGGAAAAAUGUGAUUACAGUCCCGAAAAGUUAAAAUUAAAACAGAAACCAUCGAAUAAAUGUAAUGUACAUGAGGAAACUUUGUGGAAAAUUGACAAUCUCAAUGACAAAUGUCAACAAAAUACGUUUUCUGGAGAUGCUACGACGGCGACAGAUAUUCUACAACCUGAAUGCAUAUUGUCUAAAAAUUGUUCAUUCUCGAAUAUAAAUAUAUUGGGUACAUCUUCUAAUGACACAGAUGAAUUUGAUAAAAGAGACUUUGUUGAUGAAGAAAGUACAAUGCAUUCUGCAGAAAUGGCAUCUGUUGAAGAUGAUUUAAUAACAUCACGUUUAAAUACUGAUGAAAUAUGUGUAAAUGUAAAUUGUGUAAAUGAUUUCUUAAGCAAAGAUAAUGUAAAAAUUGCCAGUAUAGAUGAUCAAACAGACACUGGAAUAUCUUUAUCUAAUGAUGAAAAUACCACUGAUCAUACUGAUAACAAAAUUGAUAAUGUUAAUGUAGAAAAAAAUAAAAUGAAAAGAAAAAGCCAAAAUAAAGAUAAAAUCGGCGAUCGCUUAUUUAAAAAAAUACGAAACUUGAAAAGAAAAACACGAGUAAAUUUAUGCACAAAUAAGCAAGAAAAUAUUGAAUCAUGUUCAAAAAAUAAUUCUGAAUACAAUGAAUCAGCGAAAAGACAGCGAUUUGAGAAGAAAGAGAAGAGUGACAAUCAUCUAUUACAAAAUAUUAAAAAUUUAAAGAGGAAAUCAGAAACACAAUCAGAGUCUAUAAGUAAACAAGAGAAUAUUGAAUCAUGUUCUGUUAAUUACGAACCGACGAAAAAAUUACGAAUUGCACAUAUUCCGAAAACAUUGGUUCCUCAAUUGCAUAUCAGCAAUGAGGAUAUUUCCACACAUCGUACAAUAAAAACUAUAGGUAGCGUAGAAACAAUUCUACGAAAAAGUAAUGGAUAUCAACGACUAGGUGCACGUAUUCAGGAAGAUAAUUUGUUACUUAAAAGCAUAAAGAGUCAUACAAUAAAUAAAAUAUGUGAUGAGAAAAAUGCUGUCAAAUCUAUUACAACAAAUAAUAUUGACAGACCUGCAAAAGAACAAAAUGUAGACUGGACAAGUGUUAAAGAUUGUCUUCAAAGUAACAAUAUUACUCUGUCUGCUACAGGUACUGAAUGCAUUUCUGAAUUUGAAAAAUCUAAUAACAUCUCGACUGAAAAUACAACCAAUAGAAAUAUAUCAAUGGAUAAAGUAACUAGAAAAAUUUUAAAUGACAAUGACAAUAAAUCGGAUGUAUUACACGAUAAAAAUAACAGUAUUCUAUAUAAUGCAGUGAAUGGUUCACAACUUGAAGAAUUAAUUGCAUUGAGAACCACUAUCGAAUCAGAAUCCAAUGCACUUAGUAAAGAUCCAAAUUACGAAAAAUCUAUUGAAACAUCGAAAACGAUUGAAACUAAAAAUGAUAUAAUCCCGAUCAGUGAAUUAAAAUAUACUCAUGAGAAACUUAAAAACAAAAGUAAAGAAAAAAUGUCAAAAAAUGUGAUUUCUAAUAACGAAUUAAUAUCAGAUCUAUCAACUGUGAAGGUAACACAACAUGAAAGUUACAAUGACGAUAUAUCUGACAAAACUAAUGAAAUUUUACAAUCACUGGCACCAUUACAAUCUUCGUUAUCACCAUCACCAUCAUCACUACCAUCAGCAUCACUAGUAUCACCAUCAUCAGCAUCAUCACCACUAUUACCACCACCACUAUCACCAUCACCACCACCACUAUCACUACCAUCAUCACCACCAUCAUCACUAUCAUCACCACCAUUAGCAGCAUCACCAUCUCUAUCACCAGUAUCAUUGUUGCCAUUAUCAAUAUCACCAUUACCAUUAUCAUCACCAACCUCACCAUUACCACCACCACCAUCACCACCACUAGUAUCGCUAUCAUCACUACCAUCACUACCAACAUCACUAUCACCAUCAUCAUUACCAUUAUCAUCAUCUCUACCACCAAUAUCAUCAUUGCCACGAUCAAUAUCACCAUCACCAUUAUUAUCAUUAACCUCACCAUCACCAGCAUCACCAUUAUCACCAUCAACAUUAGCAUCACCAUUAUCACCACCAGUAUCAUCAUCAUUAAUACCAAUAUCACCACCAUCAUCACUAUCAAUAUCACCAUCACGAUUACCACAAUUACUUCCAUCACCAUUAUUUUCAUCAAUAUCACUAUCUCCAUUGUCAUCAUCAUCAAAUAAUAGUAUUGUUGAAAGCAAUACAAAUGAUAAUGUUACUAAAAAGUCUUUGAAUAAUUUGCAAAAUUCAAUAAACAAAAGAGAAGAAACAUACAUGUACACUAAAGCAACUGGAAAACAAAUUAUCAAAACUAGAAAAUCUAACAAGAUUACUCAAAUUCUACAUUCAUCGUCAUCAGGAUAUAAUAGUACUAUUGAAGAUUAUACUAUAAAUGAUAAUAACAUGAAAGGAUUUCUUAAUAAAAUAGAAAACGCUAGGAAUCAACAAGAAGAAACAUGUAUUAGUAAGGAAGCAAUUAAAGUACAAGCUAUCGAGAUGCAAAAAAAUAAUGCAUACAUGAAACAACAAGAUGAGAACAUGAAAUUUACUAGUAACUUACAUUAUAUAAAAGAAUCUCAGACACCAAUGUCGCAGUUAAUUAAAUAUAUUAAUCAGAAAUGUAACAAAAAACAUAAGCUGCCACAUAAGAAGAUACUAUCAAUUUCUAAUAUAACAGAUAAAUUUGUAAAAAUACAAUUACAAAAACUUGUAAAUAGUACUUGGGAAGAUUCUAUAUUUGAUGAUGUAAUACAAAAAUUAGGAAAUACAUGCGGACCUCGUAUCAUAGCCAAAUGUAUAGUUAACUUUUUAUUGGACAACGUAGAUGAUGAUGAACCUUUAGAUAGAUCAUUUACUCCUCCAGCACCAAUGAUGACAACCUUUGAACAGAAACUCAUAGUGUUAUUACUUGAUUUGGAAGUAUUAAAACCCACAGUCAUUUAUUUUAUGCAAGCCGCCAUCGAAUAUCAUCUGUUCAGACUUAAUAAUACUGUAAAAACCCAAGUCAAUUCACUCACACGGAUAUAUGUUAUUCUGGCACGUAUUCAGAAAGAUAGAGAAAAAAUACGCAUGAUGUGCUGCAAUGCUCUUUAUAGCAUGGGUCUUAAGUCAAUGAAUGUUUUGUAUACAGCAUUAACGUGCUGGCCUGAAGUUCUCCCAAAUGCCGAGACUAACAAUGGCAUAUUGCCAAAAUGCGUGGCCUUCCUUAUUGGCACAAAGCAUUUUGAAUAUGUUUCAAAUGAUGUAAUAUCAUCAGCAAAAAAAUUAAAUACAUUAAAAUCACUGAUAUCAAGGUAUCAUAAAUAUAAUUAUACCGAGCAAACUAUAAACGAUAUUAUUAAGGAACUUAUGACUAUUCUUAAAGUUAAACGGAUUGAUGGCCUAGAUACAGCCAUUAUACUUAUUGCAAAGAGAAAAGGACCGGACUGGACAUAUAAAAAUAUUAUUAAAUCUGUCCUAUUGCCAAUGAUUAUUAAAUAUGAGCAUCCUUGUAUAUAUAGUGCAUUUUCUUUACUUGGAAGACUUUUGCGCGCAUUCCCAUUGACAGAUGAAAACAAUAUUGUGAAAGAUAUCAGUGAACAGCUUCGUGAUCUCAUCCAAUCUGGCCAAGGUUCAUACGAUCAACAAGAAGGUAUAAUAUCUGCAUUGAUCAGCCUUUCCAGACAUACAUUUGAUAUUAUAGCGCCGUGUGUAAUAAAAUGGACGCCGAGCAAAUCUUUAAGAUCGACUACUGAUAUGCAACUACAAGCGUUUAUAAAUUCACGUAAUUCAAAAUUUUGGAAAGCUUACUUAAAGCAAGAACAAUUGUUAAUUAAUUAAGAGCUUAUUUAAAAUAGAGCAUGUGAUUUUGAUUAAAUUAUAUAUGUAACAUUUUCAUCUUUUAAUUAUGUCAUCUGCGAGCAACUCACAGUUUAAAGCUAAUUAAGUGGGAGUACAAUAAGAGAUAAAAUGUACAAAAGUCAUAAAUGUAACACUUAAUAUUUAAAAUUUUUUAACAUAGUUUAUCUUAUUUUGUUUUAGCAGCGUAUGAGUUUAUGACAUCAUAUAAUUCUGUGAUUUAUAAUAAUUCUUCGGUAUAAUGUAUAAUUAAAUUUAGUUUUAUUUCAUUUCAUUAGUAAUGCUCAUAUUUAUUUUUAAAAUGAGAGUUAAUUGUUUAGUUUUGUAUCUAUAGAGAAUUUAUUACAAAGUAUUAAAAAU